AGAAACUAGCUGAUAUUGCAUUGCUACGGCAACUGACUAUUCACGCAGCUUCUCGUAAACUUCUGACCACUAUGGCGUCUGCAGGCCUCCAGAUUUUUGGAAUCUUCCUGGCAACCAUUGGUUUUCUGGGCGACAUCAUCAUCUGCGCUCUGCCCAUGUGGAAGGUGUCUGCUUUCAUUGGAAACAACAUUGUGACAGCGCAGAUCUUCUGGGAGGGCCUGUGGAUGAACUGUGUGAUGCAGAGCACCGGACAGAUGCAGUGUAAGGUAUACGAUUCCCUCCUGGCUUUGCCCCGUGACCUGCAGGCGGCCCGAGCCCUGGUGGUGAUCUCCAUUCUGAUUGUCUUCAUGGGAGUCCUGUUAGCUGUUGCUGGGGGGAAGUGCACAAACUGCAUUGACGAUGAAGUUGCCAAGAGCAGGGUGGCCAUUGCUGCGGGCGUGUUCUUCAUUGUUGGUGGAAUCCUGUGCCUGAUCCCUGUGUCCUGGUCUGCUCAUGUCAUCAUCAGGGACUUCUACAACCCCAUUAUGAUCGACGCACAGAGGAGGGAGCUUGGAGCGUCACUGUUCAUCGGCUGGGGCUCUGCAGGACUCCUGCUCAUUGGAGGUGCACUUCUCUGCUGUUCUUGCCAGAGGCCUAAGGAUAGCAGAUACUCUGUUAAAUAUUCUGCCCCUCGCUCAGCGGCCAGCGGUGGAGCUUAUGUUUGAAAGCCCAGCUCGUAGUCACGUUUGCCUUCUUUUCUUGCGCCAAGAAAUGGGACUGAAACUCUUACAAGUAAUAUUUUAAUGUGUUUUACUGAUAAUUUUUCUUAAUUAAAAAUUUUAUUGAUG